GAUUUCACUGCUUGUUCUUUCUUACAUGUCUUCUUUGUAAAAGAAAGAAAAAAUAGUUUGGUGCUCACAGCUGCAGUGAUUGUUUUUGUUAUUAUGUAUAUUUAUAGAUUCCUUUGACUGUAAAGUGCUCCAGUUUGCUCUGACAUUCCACUAGGGUAUCAUAAAUACAGUAACCACUUCGCAUAAAUCAGCAUUGCAUGGAGAGCAGCUCUUUGGUUUUCACCAGGCACCUUUGUUUUGCCACCUCUUUUAAUGUUUUACAGAUGAACUUCACUGAUGUGGGAGUUAAACUCCCGAGAAAAGCAUGGGACAACGCCAUGGAUGCAAAGAUUGGGUCAAGUCUGGCCAUCAAGAACCUGGCCACGUCCGUGUGGGGCUCGGACGUGCUGCUGACAAGGACCGUGACGGGAGUGCCAUCAAAUGCGAACAAGGAGAAAGAGUCGAGGCCACCUUUAACGCCCAAGAAGGUGGCAUUCUUAAGAGAGUGCCUCAUCAAAAAACUUCAGGGGCAAGCGAUGCACCCAGAGGUGAUUGCAGUUCAAGCCACCACCACCAGGGUGAACAGGGUACUCGGUGAAAAAAUAAACGAUCUAAGACGCCGGGACAAGCGUCUGACUAAGGACUAAAUAAAAACAAGACCAGCCGGUUCGUGGCAAUGGCUCAAUCAAAUAUGGCAGUCAAGCAUCCAUUUCCCGCAGGCCCCACACAGAUCGCCCACAGAGCGUAGGAUUAUGAAACCGUGUGGGUCACCCACAUGGUCUCCACAGUCCUGUAGGUCUGCGGGCCCCACAGGCUAUGCGGAGACCUGUAGGGA